GUGGAACUGUGUAUGUGUGAAAAUGUCCUCACACAAUAUAUUGAAGUAUAUUAUUAUGUAUUGUCAGUAAAUUAUGUAGUCAGCAGUUACGCGUUGACGAGACUCAAGAAAUAAUUGAGUAUUAAUUCUAUUUAAUAUGGCAAAUAAGAAAAUCUUAGGAUGGGUCGAUUCCUUGGUCAUUUCUAUAAUGAUUGCCAUCAGUGUUGGAAUUGGAAUUUAUUAUCGUUUGACUGGAGGCAAGCAAAAGACGGCUGAGGAAUAUUUUUCAGCCAAUCGAUCCAUGAGUACAAUUCCUGUUGGAAUAGCUCUUAUGGUAUCAUUCAUGUCUGCGAUUACACUUCUAGGACUAUCUGCUGAAAAUUAUUUCUAUGGCGCUCAAUUUGUAGUAAUAAACAUUUCUUAUCUUAUUGGGACACCUUGUGUUUGUUACGGGUUUUUGCCCGUUUUUUAUAAAUUACAAGCAUCAAGUACAUAUGAGUAUUUAGAAAGACGAUUUGGCCGAGUAGCUAGAUUUUUAGCAAGUUUCGUGGUAUGGCUACAAAUGUUAUUAUACUCAGGAGUAGUUUUAUAUGCUCCUGCCUUAGCACUAGAAACAACUACUGGAUUAUCAAUGAUUACAAGCAUAUUGUCAGUUGGCCUUGCUUGUGCUUUUUAUUCAAGCAUUGGAGGAAUAAAAGCUGUAUUAAUAACAGAUCUUUUUCAAGCUUUAUUAAUGUUUGCUUCUUUAAUUAUUGUAAUAGCAACUGCUGCCAGUUCUGUUGGAAUCGAUGGAAUUUUAAAAAUUGCAAGUGAAGGCGGUCGUUUGAAAUUUGACAACUUUUCACCAGAUCCAACUGAACGUCAUACAUGGUGGAGUCUUAUUAUUGGAGGUUUUUUCACUUUUUUGUCUCUUUAUGGAGUUAAUCAAAUUCAAGUACAAAGACUUUUAACUGUUAGGAGUUUAAAAUCAGCCCAAAACGCUUUGUGGUUGUGCUGGCCAGUACUGACACUCCUUUCAAUUUUAACAUGUUUCUCAGGAUUAGCAAUUUAUAGUAAAUAUUAUGACUGUGAUCCAAAAUCAAUGAACUAUAUAACAGCACCAGAUAUGCUGAUGCCUUAUUAUGUUGUGGAAACAAUGUCUUCUAUACCUGGUUUGCCAGGAUUAUUCAUAGCCGGUAUUUUUAGUGCUGGAUUAAGUACCAUAUCAGCAGCUUUAAAUUCUUUAUCUGUUGUAAGUUUAGAAGAUUACAUAAAACCUUGUUAUUCGAAAAUUACUGGGAAAGAAGUAUCAACAUCAAGAUCGUUAAUCAUUGGCAAGAUUUUAGCAUUUUUACUUGGAAUAGCGUGCAUUGCUCUUGCUAUUUUAGCUCAAUAUUUAGGAAAUAUUCUUCAAACAAGCUUAACAAUAUUCGGUGUUGUUGGAGGUCCUCUAUUGGGAUUAUUUACAUUGGGAAUGAUGUUUGAAUCAGUUACACAACGUAGUGCAGUAUUAGGAACUGUCAUUUCAUUAGUAUUUUUAUUGUGGAUAGCAUUUGGAGUGCCAAGACCAAUACCUCAUGCUUCACCUGUGUCUACAGCUGGCUGUAAUAGUACAAUCAUAUCAACUCCAGAUAAUUUGAUGGAUGAUUCCCAGUUUUUCUAUCUGUAUCGAAUUUCGUACAUGUGGUAUGCACCUCUAGGCACACUUAUCACCAUUGUUAUAGCAUGGAUUACUAGUAAUCUGUUGCAAUGUCUUGGAAUUGAGAAUCAACAAAAUGUUGACCCCGAUCUUUUUAUUCCAUGUAUUGCAAAGCGUAUAAUUAGAAGACAAGAAAUGCGGAGAAAUUUAACUUCUAAUAUUAUUGCUUCACAAAAAUAUACAUUUAAUGAAAAUCAAAAAACUGAAGUAACAAUAUAAUUCAAAAAGAUGCAAUUACGACUGCUCAUCCUCCUUCUUAUUGCCUUAUCAACAUCAUCAGCAGAACAACGUAAAACAAGAUCUGCUGAUCAAGCAGAAUGUGAAGCAAAUAAUCCAGCACUGCUUAAUACAUUUUCAUGGAUUGAUUAUACCGUACUCUCUAUAAUGUUAAUAGUAUCAUGUUUAAUUGGUACAUUUUAUGGAUUUUUCUCCAAAAAACAAGAAACAAGUAGUGAUUUUUUACUUGGUGGAUCCAACAUUGGUACAAUGCCAAUGGCCAUGUCUUUAGCAGCUAGUUUUAUUACUGCUAUUGAACUUCUUGGCAAUCCUGCCGAAAUGUAUAGUCAGGGAACUCAAUUUUGGAUGACGUGUAUAUCUUUUAUUUUUGUCGUUCCAAUUACUUCUCAGCUUUAUUUACCUGUAUAUAUGAAAUUAAGAUUGACUUCUAGUUAUGAAUAUUUAAAUUUGCGCUUCCACAAAUACUGUAGAUUAUUUGCUAGUAUUCUUUACAUGCUACAAAUGAUUUUAUAUUCUUCGGUAGCUGUUUAUGCACCUGCAUUAGCUUUAAGUCAUGUUACUGGCCUGGAUACUUAUCUAGCUGUAGCUCUAGUCUAUGUUGUGUGUAUUUUUUAUGCUUCACAAGGCGGUAUGAAAGCUGUUAUAAUGACCGAUACAUUCCAAGGUGCUGUUCUGCUACUUUCUCUGUUUGCUAUCCUCGGUAUAGGGAUGACUAUGGAAGGCGGAAUAGUUGCUGUUUGGGAAAAGAGUCAAAAUACUGGAAGAAUUGAAUUUUUCAAUAUGGAUCCAAAUCCCACAGUACGUCAUAGCUUUUGGAGUGUGGUCAUCGGUGGUACUUUCUACUGGGCUACCAUGUUUUGUAGCAAUCAAGCAUCCGUCCAAAAGUACCUGAGCGUUGAAACUACUGGUCAAGUUAGAAUAGCACUUUGGGUAUCAUCGAUAGCUUUGAUCCUCAUUUAUACAGUCAAUUUCCUCACUGGAAUGAUUCUCUACAGUGCAAAUAGUAAAUGUGAUCCACAGCUUGCUGGACAUAUUUCAGAAUUGGAUCAACUGUUGCCACUUUAUGUGAUGAAUUUCUUAGGUACAUAUCCUGGAAUUCCAGGCCUUUUUGUAGCUGGAAUUUUUGCUGCUUCUUUGGGAACUGUAGCAAGUGCUCUAAAUUCUCUUGCCGCAAUAACAUGUGAAGAUAUUCUUCAAGGUCUUCUAAAAAUCCAAGUACCAGCAAGAAGAGGUGCAGUUUACGCAAGAUGGAUCAGUAUUUUCUUUGGAAUCUUUAGCUUUGCGUUUAUCUUUAUAAUCAAAGAAUUAGGCGGUGUUUUACAGGUUGCCUUAUCAUUCAAUGGAAUGGUUGGAGGAGUUACCUUGGGUCUAUUUUCUCUAGGAAUGUUUGUGCCAUGGGCCAAUGCCAAGGGAGCAAUGACUGGUUCUAUUACUGCUUUAGGUUUAGUAGCAUGGAUUGGAAUCGGAGCACUUGUUGCUUCUUUUAAUGGACAAAUUCAUACUGAAUCUAAACUAAUAUCUGCUGAAGACUGUCCAUGUGUUAAUAAAACCAUUUCUUUUGAUUCUGAUAGAAUUGAUCAUUCUGACGAAGUUUGGUCACUAUAUAAAAUAAGCUAUUUGUGGUAUAGUAUGAUUGGAUGUUGUGUUACAGUUAUAGUAGGAAGUUUAGUCAGUUAUUUCACUGGUAUUCAAGAUUUAGAUGAUUUAGAUUUUGAUUUAUUAAGUCCUUUAACUCUAUACUUUUUGGGUGAUCGAAAUACUAAUAAUAAAUCAAAGCCAAAUAAAGUCCAAGGUAUUACUAAUUUUGCCCUCGAAGUAGAGGAUGAAAAAAGUCAAACAAAUAUAAACGGAACGAAAAGUCAUCAUUGAUAGUCAAUUAUUGCAACUUCCGGUUUCAACACAUCCAUAUCAGAAUAAAAAUGGGCAACUAUUAAUUAAUAUCAUUAACAAUUUAUUUCACGGUCAAAUAAAAUUGUGAAUGAUGAAGUUAAAAAUGUUUAUAGUACAAUUUUUGAGUGAAUUAUAUUUUAUAAAUCAUGAUUUGUAUUAAAAAUGAAUUAGUUAUUGAAAAACUAGUAUUCUAUUUUACAAAAAAAAAAGGAUUUUAUCUAGGUCUUGUUGGUCACGUACUUAUUUUAAUUACGUACAAUUUA